ACCCAGAAAGAAAUGAAGGAAGCCAAUAGUACUGCGAACCUAGUUAAUUAGGUAAAGGGGCAAAGAAAAUGUGGUUGAUUAGGCAGAAAACAGAUGGCGUUUAAGCUGUCGGAUUUAAUUAUUCUAGAGCAUACGUAAGCAAAUGUCCACCUUUUUGAAGGGAUAGUGUGAUAUAAACCAUCGUUUGUACGUCUCGGGUCUUAAUAGCCUGGGUGAUUCCACUGAGUGCGACUCCGCGUUGGAUGUGGAAGAUUCAGAAACUGCCUCAACGUUUACACAUUCCACGGCAGGACUGCCUUUCUGCUGAUAAGCAUCCUAUGGUAUUCUAUACAAGAUGGCGGUGUCGGGAGCUGAAAAGGACGGAAUAUCUCCGAUAUUGAAGAGUACCGAAGAUGACCAUUUCAAUGAUUCGUUCGGAAAUCCGGGCCUCAUUUCGCCGGACAGGGAGGAUAUUGCUCGACUCCUGACGGUACCAUUUAGCGGACGCAUCCGAGGGGGCAUGAGGCCAGGAAAGAAGAUCAUAGUCAUGGGCAUCGUUGAUCUAGAACCGGACAGCUUUGACGUCAGCCUGACCUGUGGGCAUGGCACAAAUAAGGAGGAGCCACAGACAGAUGUGGCCCUGAAACUCACUGCCCGAUUCGCUGACCGCCAGUUCCUGCGUAAUGCGCGAGUUUCGGGGAAGUGGAGCGAAGAAGAGUCGAGCAUUCCUUAUUUCCCCUUCAUCCCCGACCAACCUUUUAGGAUUGAGGUCCACUGUGAGCACCAGAGGUUUCGAAUAUUUGUGGAUGGACACCCACUUUUUGACUUUUAUCACAAGAUAAAAUCCUUGACCUCCAUUGAUACGGUACGGAUAGAUGGGGGUCUACACAUCACCAAGCUGGGUUAACUUAAACCGCCAUCUCAGUGUGUGAAGGACUCAAUUACAGGUGAACACACGCAUAUACACACACAGUCUCGCCUAUUACAUCAACCACAAGCCAUCAUGCAACACUACAUCAACAGUGGUGCAGUGACGCAAAAGAGUCAUGGCCCCACGACUCAGCAUCUCCUAUCUCUUCGGUCUUACAUUCCUCCAGUGCACGUUUAAAAAAAUGUUUUGUUGCUUUGUUGAUGAUGCAAUGCAGUGCUGUGUUGUGUACUGUACUUCUGAAGGGCUUCCUUUCUUUUUCUCAUCUCUGCAUAUCAGGGAUCUCACAGUAUAAUCUUCUGCUGGUUUCAAAGAACCCCAGUGGGUAUUCUGCCAAUAGAAGAUAAAUUGACUUUCUUAUAUCUUUAAUGCAAGUCCUCCAAAAGUUAUAUUUAUUGAAUAAAACACAAGUUGAAUUGAGUAUUGAGCAAUUAUUUGUGGACUAUAAUGGCUCUUUCUGAAUUGGGUUUUAGCGGUUGCUAUGGUAUUUGUGUCUGGGAUUGAAUGACCUAGAUACAGCAAAAUGAGGAUUAUGUUGUGAAAUCUUAAAAUGUACUGCAGCAGCUGAUUAAUGUAUUGUGUGUCAUUUAUAAAAGAUUGACAUAAUUUGUUUUAAUUUCAACUAAUCUUCUGUAUAAAGAUUGCACUGACGUUGUAGUGUAGAAUGAAUUAUCCACAUGAAGAUGUGUUCGUAUCUCUGAAGAGAUUAUGGUGGUGGUUGAUGAUAGUUUAUUUGGGCUAGUUUACGCCCAGUUCUUAAAUUGGGAUUGACACACGUAAAUACAUUAUAUAUAGUAACAACUAUUUAAUGUGAUUAACAUUUACGUACAAGCUCUGUAGAGAACAAGUAGAGAACAGGAGUUUUCCACACUGCACAAACUUUGUCAAGAAGCACUGAUUUAUAUGCAAACAGUGGAUUUUCUCACACACUAAGCAUUUAUAACAGAUAGUAUUGUAGUACUUUUUGAGGAAAUAAAAUAAUUCCAUUGAAAGGUACAGUAGCUUUAGGAACAAAAAAUAACUUAUGAGGUCCCAUGACAUGAAAUGUUCACUUUCUGAGGUUAUUUAACAGUAAUAUGAGUUCCCCUAGCCUGCCUUUGGUCCCCCAGUGGCUCGAAAUUUCGAUAGGUGUAAACCAAACCCUGGGUAUUCUUCUCCGCUUUGCCCGCACAGAUAAUUUGGCCCACCAAUGAGAAAAUGAGCUAUGACCGUGCAAGCGUGAUACUGUUUUUUCCUUGAGACAUCAUGGCUUGUUUAGCUCCGCCUCCUUCUCCCUCAUAGCAUUUAAAGCUACAGACACAGAAACGGCAUGUCCUGAAGAAAGCUCAUUGUGGGACUGCUCAUAGUGGCUGUAAUUCUGCAACAAGGGUGACUUUCGGGAAAGAGACUUCAGAUACAGUAUUAGGGGACCACUAAGGCCUAUAUAAAAGCAUCCAAAAUCAGCAUAUCAUGGGAUCUUUAAAUUCACCAGAUGUUUACAGACUGUUCCGUAAGUGAUUGGUGAUCUGAAGAGUAGGAAUAGUGUUUUGUAAAUAUGACAGCCAUGUUUAUUUAUGGUAGCAUAGCUAGGGAGAUUGAUAUGGUUGGCAUACAAGGUAAUAAAGUUAAAGCGAGUGUCAUCUCCAUUUAUGAAUCAUGAUAAUAGAUCCAGCAUUUUAGCUUGUAUCAAUCAUAACUUAGAUUUUCAGAAAUGCAUUAUUAGAAGAUUUGGUGCUGGUUUUUUACAUGUUCAGUCUCAUGUCUCUUAUGUGCUAUGCUUAUAAUACUCUUCCACAAGGCGUCUUGCCGGUAGCUGAUCGAGAUAAGUGUAAGUGGGUAGUGUCAUUACUAAACAUGGGGCUGUUACAGUCGCACAAUAGUUUAGUUGUGCAUAAUGAUUUGGUUUGAUGUCAUGAUAUGUUUUACACCUACUGUAAUGAUGCAUCCUCAUCAGUUCCAGCAUGUGUCAAACCUACAGUAUUGCCACAGUCAUGUUGCCAUGAUUUUUGUUGGGAACAAAUAACUUGAAACCAGAAAUACAAACAAUUUGGUCAGUGGUAGUUUUGUUUGUUAACCUCCACUGUGUGAUAAUCUUGAUGGUGUAGGUAGCUUUAUCUCCAGUCUAUAACAUCCUACUGUCCCAUAUCUUUCAGCUCAGUUAAUUGCUUGCCCAAGAAGGAACACUGGCCAACAAUCCCAUUGUAUCCAACUUGUCCACUUCAGUGUCUCUCAGUCUUUCUGUUGAGCUGAGACAGUAGGAUAAGUUAUUUUGGAAAUAAUGAUUAUACAAUGUAAUCUGGAUGGUUGCAAUAGAAGUGUUCCCUUUCUUUGACAUUCUUUCAUACUACAGAUUGCCUGUGUCUUAACCACAUAAUUCUCAAAAGGUGCACAUAAGGUGCAAGAAAUUCCAAAUGCUUUAGGGCUUUAGAUGAUUGAUGUGUGCCAUAACGCCACUUAAUGAAGCAUUUCUUUAACUAAACAAACCGCAUGCUACAGUAUACACGCACUGUGUUCCACCAUUCAUUGCUACAAUACUUUACAAUAUAUAUAUUUAUAUAAUGUUAAAAUACUUACAUGCCACUACAUUCAUGCAUGCAUUGCUUAUUUGGUUCUGUAACAAAGCAAUAAAACUUGCUGUUUUCUACUCCCAGCUGAUCAGCGAGGGUCUUCCCAAAGUCAAGAAAGCAAAUUUUACAUGACAGGCACACUUUUCUUCUGUAUCCAAGAUAAUUACAGUAUAAUAAUGGCUGGCACUAGGAGACUAAUGUGUGUGUGUGUGUGUGUGUGUGUCAACCUGUGUUACAUGUCCAUCACAGGAGAACUGUAGCCUUAAUUUUUUAUUUGUGUUGUGUGUAACUGGGUGCUUUCUUGGUUUUGGACUCGGUUCAGAGUCCUGAAGCUUAAAAAUAAAGGCAAAUUAAUCAUAGAUUUGACCCUUAAAGCCUACAUUAAAUUAUUAUUAUUACUAAAACCAAUGAACAGAAUAAGACUUUCUGGAUGCUUGUGGUUCAACAAAAAGUCUUACUCAGCCAUGUAAUUGCUAGGAAGGAUGGGGGAGGGAGAUAGCAUGUAAACAUUUCCGGAUUCACUCUUAAUCAGAGGGCUUGAAUAGAUAAUGCACUAUAUAGAACACUUCAUUAAAUGGUAACUUGAUAUUGUGUAAGCUCUUUGUUAUAUGUCUUUCUGUGGUGCUCUAAAAAUGUUACAGCUCGGAAUCUCCUUAUGAUCCCAUAUUUCCACACGCUAUCCAGCUCUAGGUCUGAUUGUGACACAAUACAGAUAUAGAAAGAGACUACUCUAGACACUGAACUCCCCUGGAAUUUAAUCUUGUAGCAAAACAGUAAAAUAUAUCAUUUUAAAACAAUUUAAUCGUAAAGUUGACAAAUGAUUUACAAUAACUAAAAACAAUUGCGCCCUAUACCAAGUGUUGACCAGUUUGCAUUGCAGGCUAUGAAUUUGAAUAACUUUGUUCUCUGACCCAUAGCCCUCUGUAAACUUUUUUGGUGGAAUCCAUAAAUGUUGAACUGAAUGUCAUCAUUUCCCGAUUGUAGUCCGAUGCUAACAGGCAAGGUGAAAUUAGUGUGUCUUCUUUCAGUCACUACGGGUGGAAAAAGAAAACCCAGACUAUUUAACCCCCUCUGUUACUUUGCCUUUUGACUCUGGAUGUACUUUGUUUAAUAUAACUUGGUUUGCUUGGUUUACACACAAAAAGGAGGAGCAAGUCAUGUGAUGUGAAAUCCAAAUUUGACCAGAAUAAUUAUUUUUUAGGAAUGGCAAUGUUUAAAACACCUGG